UCUUUCUGUCAUUUCAUUCAUUCAAUGAAUGGUGAUCUUGUUGAUACAGUUUGUAUUUUUUUGCGAUUUCCCAAUUUUUGGUUAUUUCAUUAUGAUCUAACACAUAAAUGUUACCUAAUUGAAUAAUUACCAUUCAUGUAGUUGUUAGAGUUUUACGUACCAACGAGGAUACAUAUGUGAGUUGCGGGACUUCUGCUAAGUCAAAUCAUCAGGCUGGAAAAUGCUAUCUGAUGAGUCAAGCAGUGAUUCUGAGACAGGUAGGUUCAAGUCCAGUCAGUCUAGAAAGACAGAUGACCAGAACAAGAGUUCUGAUUUAAGAGACAGCCACAGAAGAGAUGGCGGAAGAAGUAGGGCUUUCAACGAGAGACCUCGUCUGGCAGAACGACCACGAGAUAAUGAUAGGUUUCGCCCCAGUGAGGGUGACCGAAUGCGCCGGGAUUUAGAUAGAAGGCGGAAUGAUCGAGAUAGGUAUGAAAGGAGAUCUAAAGAUCGCCAAAGACCCCCGCGUCACUCUCCCGUGAGGCGCCGGCAGUCGAGGGAGAGGAGUCCCGCACGACGGAGACGGUCGCAGGAUGAGGACAAAAGUAAACGACCCCAAGAAGAUAGAAGUAGCAGAGACACCAGAGAUAGAAAAGAUCCGUCCGGUCACAGCAGAGUUAGAAGUAGUAGCCGGGACCAUAAAAGACGUUCUACAUCGCGCAUUUCAUCUGAAAAGAAAAAGGAAGAACCUGUUUUUAAAGAUGAUCCUAAGCCAAGUGCAGGAAAAUAUGAUAGGUCAAGAAAAAGAGACUCGUCAUCCUCACCUGAUUACAAAUCCAAGAGGUCGGUAGUGCAAAAACCUACUUAUGUAGAGCCACCUAAGCGAGUAGUUGAAAGCCCUGUAGAUGUAGAUCAACAUGCGGCCAGUGACGUAUCGGAUGAAGUGCAGCCUGGCUCCUACUACAGCCUGAAACCAGUCGUCGUGGUCAAAGAAAAGGAGAAAUCCGUAGAAAAAGACACAUCUAAGGAAACUAUAAUAUCAGACGAGUCCAGCGAAAUAGACUCGUCAGACGACGAACGCCUGCGAGCGAAGCUUUUAAACUUAGAAAAAGAGCUCAGCAAAACCAGAAAGAAAAAGCACAAGAAGAAGCACAAAAAGCGAAGCAAAUCGGAGAAGGAUCGAGACAAGUCGGCGUCAGUGGAGGUGACGAGUACGACGGACAUCCAGGAGUCGCGGGGCGGCGACGGUGGUAAAGACACCGAGGUGGAGGUGACUAGUACGCAGAAGAGUAAGGAGAAGGAGAGUAGUGAGGAGGGCGAGUUGUCGAGCGACGGGUCGCAGUCGGUGGAGAUCGACGAGGAUGACCUGCGGCACAAGCUGAAGCGGGGGGCGGGGGCGGGGGUGUGCGGGCCACGGGGAGCGGGGGAGGGGGUGUGCGGGCCCGCGCUGCCGCCGCACCUGCGCCGGGGCGACGGCGUCGAGGGACCCGCGCUGCCGCCGCAUCUCAACAAGGAUAAAAGCAAAAGCAUAGGACCAACAAUCCCAAGCGAGAUGCGAAAAGUGCUAGCGGAGGCCAAGCCCGAGGACAUAGAGUACGCGAGUUCAGAAGAAGACACAGGAUUCGGUCCACUGCCGCCCGGCGCUGAAGGCAAGUGGACGGAGGCGCAUGAACGCCUGGAGCGAAGAGCAAUGGACAUGAAGAUGAAAGCGCAGGAUGGACACUCGUUGCAGGGCAAGGAAGUGAAGGGAAGAGAGAAGUGGAUGCUCGAGCUACCCGAGGGGAAAGCCAAAAUAAUCGGUCUGGAAGCCAGGAGCUUCAGGGCUAAGGAAGGACCUGACAUGUCAGAUAGGUCGAGCUGGACCGACACUCCCUCGGAGAAGGCGCGCAAGGCGGCGGGGCUGGCGGCUCCGGAGGACGUGGCGGAGAGCCUGCAGCGGGAGGCGCGGGAGAGACGCGUGGCGGAGCGGGAUGAGGCACAGGAGAGGGAGGCCAGAAAACAUAAAAAGAAACACAAGAGGGACGAGAGUCUUUUGGAAAUGCACGAAAAGAAGCUGAAGAAAAAGAAGAAGAAAGAGGAGCGUGAAGACGGCAAGCAGGAGCGGCGGCCGUUCAGCCGCGACGUGGACCUCGCCGUCAACCGCUUCGACGAGGCGCAGAAGAAGUCCAUCAUCAAGAAGGCGCAGGCUCUCGACACGCGCUUCUCACGGGGGGACGCCAAGUAUUUAUAGUAGUGUUGUUUGCGAGCAAUAGAUGGCGCUGAUACGGGGUUUGUUUCAUGAUGUUGUAGGAAGUUGUUGUUCUGAGGAUGAGGUAUAUAAAGUUGGGUUUUAUCAGUGAGAGUUUACAUUUCUCCGUAAGGUUCCUCGAUAGCAACUGCCAUGGUUGAAAAGUGCCUUCGUCGAAACGUGCUAGCCGGGAAGGAUAAUUCGGAAACGAUUUGAAGCUCUAUUAGUUAAGCCUUAUGCUGCUGAAGUUCCAAAUAGGAAGCUACCUCAUAAAACUACUUUAUUGAGCAUCAAAUGUAUCAUUGUUUUUUCUGAACAAUAGGGUUCUUUAAUUCGGCAUUGUGAAACAGACACUUGGUAUCGAGUAUUUGGUUAAAACAGUGAACGAUAAAAUAAAUGAACGUGCUAAAGUCAGAUAACUUUUAACUAUUAUGAUGAGUCUGAGUGCAUUUUUAACAAAUGUAUUUAUUUCUUUAAGUAUCCAUUCUGAUUGUAUCGCGCAAGAGUUACUUAUCGUCACUGAUUUAUAUUUUAACAUCGAUUUUAAAUAUGGCGCCACUCUUUUUACCUCUUAUAUGAAAUUGUCCAUAAAAAUAAGUUCCAUUUAGUUUUAGAAUUCGGUAAUAACACUUAGUGAGUGCAUUUUAAGUAGUUAUUUAGUAUGCACACUAUCCAAAUAAAAUUAUGUCGUCUUCAUAAAAAAUAACACAUGAAUUUUCAUUGUAUUAUUUAAUAUUUGCAUUUACUCAGGUUUUACAUUUCAAAAGCAAAUUAAUCAAGUGAAUCAUUGAAGACACUUCGAAGACUAACGAUAUCUGUAACUUUCCUCUGGAAUUUCUUUUAAAAUAUCCAGUUUCUAUUGAUAUGAUAAGGUGAUCUGCAUAAUCUAUUUCAUGUAGAUAAAUAUAUGCCUAAAUAUAAAUAAAAUAAGAUUUCUCCUCAAAUCGGAUUGUAAGAAUAUACAUCUCUGAUAAUUAA